UGAAAUUCGACUCGUUAAAAAGGACGACGGGGACGUUUUACUCAUAAAAUGUCCGUGUAUUUUGUGACUCGAGUCGUUACGCGGAGAGGAGCCUGAAUCUCUCAGAAGCGAGCCUGAAGAACGGAAGGCUUCGGUGCUGAUGCUUUCAGACUGAGCUUUUCUGAAGGGCUGUAUCGAUAAACCGUCAGGAUGAAAUUCACCGAGCACCUGUCGGCUCACAUCACCCCGGAAUGGAGGAAGCAGUACAUUCAGUAUGAGGCUUUCAAGGAGAUGCUCUACUCGGCCCAGGACCAGGCGCCAUCGGUCGAAGUCACUGAUGAAGACACAGUUAAGAGGUACUACGCCAAGUUCGAGGAGAAGUUCUUCCAAACCUGCGAAAAGGAGCUGGCCAAAAUCAACACCUUCUAUUCAGAAAAGCUGGCGGAGGCUCAGCGGCGGUUCGCCACGCUACAGAACGAGUUGCAGUCGUCUCUGGACGCGCAGCGGGAGAGCAGCCGAGCUCCGGGUCUGCGCGCCCGCCGCCGCGUCUUCCACCUGUCCCAGCAGGAGCGCCACAAACACCGCAACAUCAAGGACCUGCAGCUGGCCUUCAGCGAGUUCUACCUCAGCCUCAUCCUGCUGCAGAACUAUCAGAACCUGAACUUCACCGGUUUCAGGAAGAUCCUCAAGAAGCACGACAAGAUCUUCGAGACGGCGCGAGGGGCGGACUGGCGAGUCGCCCACGUGGAAGUGGCUCCGUUCUACACCUGCAAAAAGAUCACGCAGCUCAUUUCCGAGACCGAGACUUUGGUUACCACCGAGUUGGAGGGUGGCGACAGACAGAAGGCCAUGAAGAGGCUUCGAGUGCCUCCCUUAGGUGCAGCUCAGCCCGCGCCAGCGUGGACCACGUUCAGAGUCGGACUGUACUGUGGAGUCUUCAUGGUGUUACUGUUCACCAUCAGCAUCGGAGGCAUAGUGGGAACAAAAGGCAAACCGACGAACGGGACGGUGGACGUGUGGCCGCUGGUGCGACUCUACCGCGGCGGCUUCCUUCUCAUCGAGUUCCUCUUUCUGCUGGGCAUCAACACGUACGGCUGGAGGCAGGCGGGGGUCAAUCACGUCCUCAUCUUCGAACUCAACCCCAGGAACAACCUCUCGCACCAGCACCUGUUCGAGAUCGCCGGGUUUCUGGGCGUUCUGUGGUGUGUCAGUAUCCUGACGUGUCUUUAUUCCGACUGGUUACACAUCCCCGUCCAUGCCAGCCCUCUCGCGCUCUACGGCUUCUUCCUGCUGUUCCUCAUCAACCCGUUUAAAACCUGCUACUACAAAUCACGCUUCUGGCUUCUCAAACUGCUGUUCCGAGUGGUCACUGCUCCAUUUCACCGAGUGGGCUUCGCUGACUUCUGGCUGGCCGAUCAGCUCAACUCGCUGGGCGUGGUCCUCAUGGAUCUGGAGUACCUGAUCUGCUUUUACAGCAUCGAACUGGACUGGACCAGCGAGAAUUCCAGCGUUGUCGGUGGGGGCAUGUGUAACACGUACUCUUACGGAGUCCGCGCCGUUAUCCAGUGUCUGCCAGCCUGGUUCCGGUUCGUCCAGUGUCUGAGGCGGUACAGGGACACCAAGCGUGCCUUCCCUCACUUGGUCAACGCUGGGAAAUACUCCACCACCUUCUUCGUGGUGAUCUUCACAGCGCUCUACAAAACCCACAAAGCGGACAGCCACCCGGACAGGGAGAUUUUCCUCUACCUGCUGAUUGCCUGCUCCAUCAUUAACUCCUGCUACACGCUCAUCUGGGACCUGAAGAUGGACUGGGGGCUGUUCGACCGCAACGCCGGAGAAAACGCGCUUCUCAGAGAGGAGAUCGUCUACCCACAGAAAGCGUAUUAUUAUUGUGCCAUAUUAGAAGACGUGAUCCUGCGCUUUGCCUGGACCAUUCCUCUUUCUAUCGGGGUGCUGAAGGUCUCGGGCGGACCCACUCUUGACAUCAUAGCCACUGUUCUCCCACCGCUGGAGGUCUUCAGGCGCUUCGUGUGGAACUUCUUCCGUCUGGAGAACGAGCACCUGAACAACUGCGGUGAGUUCAGAGCGGUGCGCGACAUCUCGGUGGCUCCACUCAACGCGGACGACCAGACCCUGCUGGAGCAGAUGAUGGACCAGGAGGACGGGGUCAGGAACCGUCAGGGCAAGAAGAACUGGAAGAGGAGCUACAGCAUGUCACUGAGACGACCUCGCCUGGCCUCCCAAUCCAAAAUGCGCGACACCAAGGUCCUGAUCGAGGACACGGACGACGACACCUGACCUCCGCUUCCCUGUCAGGGCUCCUUAAACCCUUGAAACGGACCGGAGUCUCUUCAGGGGCCUUUAACUUUCCACGGCUGUUCGAGUAGUCCAUCACAAAGCUGCCUAUCCACACACACACACACGGUCUCAGAGACGAAGCAAUCACAUUAUCCUCACUAGCACAGGAACAGCCACCGACGUUUUCUUAGUUUUAUCGUUACUGCCUUGAAUAUUGACGUGGAAAAAUCAUCAAACUGUGUAAACUGCUUGUAUGUAUGUUGACGUACCGCAGGGAUCUGAGCGUGAUAAUCAACCAUCAGUGACUCCGGAGUCCGGAUACAGACGUUAUGUUAUAUAAGGACGACUCGCCAACAAGACCAUGGACCAUGUCCGAUGAAGACCACGCCUCUGUAUGUUUUUAUGAAGCCUGUAGUGUUCAUGUAGCAGUCCGUGUACAUGUCCUAGCAAUCAUUCGAUGAUGUAUUUGUUCUUUUUUUUUUUUUUUACUUUUUAAGAAUGUACAUGAUAUUGUUAUUUAUGUGAAGGAAAGCUGCCUUGAUCGAUUAACUGAAAAUAUUGUUUGAAGGUGCCGAAGGUGUGUGAACGUCUGCCCCAAGUAUGGAAUGGAGCUUCAUUUGUAUGUAGACAUAGUUCCAAACCCUCAGGUUGCUUUGAUAGGAUGACGGCCAGAAACACCACUAAAAAACGGUGAACUAACUAGCUACGGAUGGGUAACCGAAAAAGCAGGAGUGUAAAUAAAGAAAAAGAACUGUCAGGGAAAGAGUCUCUACACCAAGAGAACAGUACAGGCUUGAACAAUCGACCCCCUAUAGUAAGAGCAUGCUUCUGUGUACAAAUAUCCGUCACAUUACAUAUUUGAUUUGGGCGCCAAGUGUGUACCUUGCCCAACACUUUUAAUAGUAGAUUUUGCCAUGGUGUCCCCCAAGGAUCCAUCCUAGGUCCGGUUAAAAUGAAGUUACAUUCCAAGAGUAACUAAAAAUUAAUAUAUUUACACUCCAGAGAUCGACCCUGUGAUAACAGCUGUAUUUGGGUCUGCUCUGGGAAGGGGGGGGGGCAAGUUUGCUGGCAUGGUUUGGGUCCACUUGUCCCCUUGGAGGGAAGGGUCACUGCAAAUCAAUUCAAAUUCAGAAAGCUUUUUGGACUGCUUAAAAUAAUAGAACAUUUCUGUUCUGAUGGAAGACGUGUCCCCCCCAUUCACAGGCCCCAAGGGGACGUGGAAUUGUUGUCGAUCAUAGGCUAUGACCUUUUUUGGACCUGUGUGUUAGACAGCGCUCUCCACCACCAUUGUCCGUACACUAAUCAAGGAAAGAUCAUUCAGAAGAAUGGUGUUCCAUCUUUCUGAGACACUUCCAGAGACUUGUGGGAUUGAUGCUGAGGCACUUUAAAGCAUAUUGGUGGCUUGUGGUCAUCCGUUUUGUAGCUAGCUAGUUCACUGUGGCGAACGCCUACUUGUUUUCUUGUUAUUUGUGUGUUUAAAGCAUGAUGCCAAUGCAAUUUGAACCAGUGCUGCUUCGUUAGAACCUGCCGGAGAUCCUUCUGGCAGAGUUUAGCUUGAUGGCUCCUUAUGGAGCACGCCAAAUGGAACAUUCCUGAACAGCUUUGUAGGGGUUUUCGUAGGGGGGAGGGGAGCAAAGGCCUGUCAGCAGGUCAAUGUCAGGUAGAGAUCUGCAAUAUAAGCUGUCUUGAAAGCGCCUUUCUUCUUCACUUGUCUCAUACUUAGCAUUCCCUAGCAUCUUGUAUCCAUUAAUAAAAUGUACAGUCAAUAUAAGCAUAUUUAUUUGUAUAAAUAUCCAGCACAUUCCACUGUAGUGCGGUCGGGUUCUGUGUACGUUUCCUUUCUAGAGGUCUUCCAGAGUCAGCAGAUGCCACCUAGGGGUAGGCAAACACCUUAUUUAUGACCACUUUAAGCCAGACAUGGAGCAUGGACUCGUGGGCGCCUCGGAAACCGACUCCAGCACCUGGAACUCAAGAUUUGGCAGUGGCGUCCCACAAGGCUCAAUCCUAGGUCCGAUCAAAAUGGACGGUUACAUUGCCAGGAGCACCGGAAGGAAACAGAAAUCCCACUGCUGGGUGGAAUUCUGGGUAUUUCCAUCGUGGUUCAGAGGAGCUGGGCUACUCCCGCCCUGUAGGAACUUUAGAUUCACUUCAGUGCGUCUGCAAUAAUGGGAAGGCUCCUCUUCAGACAUCAUGUCCUGUACUACUGUCCCAAGUUAAAGCUUGGACCAAAAAUGCUUUCUUUGUAUCGUGUAAUUUUGUUUCACAGUUAUUUGGACAGAGAAAUGAACUUACGCCGUUCGUUUUGUUCGACGUUGUGCGUGUCGUGUUUUUCUGCUCUGCUUUUUUUUAACGCUUUGAGUUUGAAUGGAGUCUGCAUACUGUUAAAACCAUCCCAUUUGUGACCGGCGCUAACCAAAUAAAAAAUAAAACAUU